ACCGCUCUCCGUCUUUCUCUUCCUGUGUCCAGGUGAUGCAACACCCGACAGAUGGAGGACAGAUCCUGGGUCUCCAUAGCAACGUGAAGGAGGCACCGGUGCGUGUGGCGGAGAUCAGCGUGUACUCUCUAUCCAGCCAGCCCAUCGACCAUGAGGACGGCAGCGGGCAGGCCGGACGCAAGACCAAAACCUCAGGUGGGAACAGCCGGACUUCAAACCAGGACCCUUUCGGUCUGAUCCAGAGUGUGAUUACAGAGAAACUGAGACUUGAUACAGACAACAGGAAACCAGAGUGAAGAGAGACUCUUUACAGAGAAACUGAGACUCUAUAUAAACAACAGGAAACCAGAGCUAAGAGAGACUCUUUACAGGGAAACUGAGACUCUAUAUAAACAACAGGAAACCAGAGCUAAGAGAGACUCUUUACUGGGAAACUGAGACUCUAUACAGACAACAGGAAACCAGAGUAAAGAGAGACUCUUUACAGGGAAACUGAGACUCUAUAUAAACAACAGGAAAUCAGAGUGAAGAGAGACUCUUUACAGGGAAACUGAGACUUUAUACAGACAGACAAUCAGAGCUAAGAGAGACUGUUAACAGAGAAACUGAGACUCUAUACAGACAACAGGAAACCAGAGUGAAGAGAGACUGUUUACAGGGAAACUGAGACUCUAUACAGACAACAGGAAAUCAGAGUGAAGAGAGACUCUUUACAGGGAAACUGAGACUUUAUACAGACAGACAAUCAGAGCUAAGAGAGACUGUUAACAGGGAAACUCAGACUCUAUACAGACAACAGGAAACCAGAGCUAAGAGAGACUGUUUACAGAGAAACUGAGACUCUAUACAGACAGAAAAUCAGAGUGAAAAGAGACUGAUAACAGGGAAACUGAGACUUUAUACAGACAACAGGAAAUCAGAGUGAAGAGAGACUGUUUACAGGGAAACUGAGACUCUAUACAGACAACAGGAAACCAGAGUGAAGAGAGACUGUUUACAGGGAAACUGAGACUUUAUAGAGACAGAAAAUCAGAGCUAAGGGAGACUGUUUACAGGGAAACUGAGACUUUAUACAGACAACAGGAAACCAGAGCGAAGAGAGACUGUUUACAGGGAAACUGAGACUUUAUACAGACAGGAAAUCAGAGCGAAGAGAGACUGUUUACAGAGAAACUGAGACUCUAUACAGACAACAGGAAACCAGAGUGGAGAGAGACUCUUUACAGAGAAGCUGAGACUCAGUUCAGCAGACGCUCCACUGAGGAUGAACAGGGAGAUGCUGGUUCUCCUCACAAACAGAGUGAAUGUCCUCCUCUCUGACCUCCUCUCUGACCUCCUCUCUGUCCUCCUCUCUGUCCUCCUCUCUGACCUCCUCUCUGUCCUCCUCUCUGUCCUCCUCUCUGACCUCCUCUCUGUCCUCCUCUCUGACCUCCUCUCUGACCUCCUCUCUGACCUCCUCUCUGACCUCCUCUCUGUCCUCCUCUCUGACCUCCUCCUGCUCCAAACACUCCGUUCUCUCUGCAGUCGUAAAGGUCACUCUGGGUUAGCUAACUGCUGGUUACUCUGAAAUUCCUCUAAAGUUCAGUGUUGUUUAUUAUCUUCAUCAUCAUCAUCAUCAGACUAUGACAGCAGAUGGUCACUGAGACGACAGCGAACCCACCUGCAGUCAGAGAAAUGUUACCCCCUCCUGUUGGUCUGUGGGCCGGACAGAUUUAGGGUCUGUUACCUGACACCGCUCUAAUUCUGGUCUGGGGGGUAGUGGGCCUCUAUCCCGCUCUGCUGAUUUCUGGCUGUUCUGGAUGUUAUUAAGGACUGGGCUCAAACACAACAGAUGAGCUCAUGGCCCGAGUAUUAAAGCGGUGUCACUCCCAGAGAAGGAACGGUGUUUAUAUUCCUCCUCUCUGCUCCGAGCCUGAAUAACAUCCACCCCGGCCCAGGACAGGAAGUCCCAGCGCUCCUCCAACAGCUGAUCUGUCCUCACUCAGGACGACUGUAGAAAUCUGUCUCUGAAGAAAAUCUGCAGUAAACUUAGAGAACUAAAACAAAAUGUUGAAGCUGCAGAUUAAAACUUCAUCAGGACAUGAGACGAGGACAUUUACAUCAAACCAGAGUUUCAGUACAGUUCAGAGACGUCCUCAUGUGAGCUGGAAACGUCUCUGUCCAUUUUAUUCAUUAUUCCAGAACAAGUCAUUAAGUCUGAAGGGAGUGAAAGUGGACAGAGGACUCAGUCAGCUUCAUCAACACAGGACGGGAGUUUUCCUCUGGACUCCAACUGAGACGUGAGAGACGUGAGGGACAUGAGAGACAUUAGAGACAUGAGAGACAUGAGGGACAUGAAAGACAUGAGAGACAUGAGGGACAUGAGAGACAUGAGGGACUUGAGGGACUUGAGAGACAUUAGGGACAUGAGAGACAUGAGGGACAUGAGGGACAUGAGAGACGUGAGGGACAUGAGGGACAUGAGAGACGUGAGGGACAUGAGGGACAUGAAAGACAUGAGAGACAUGAGAGACAUGAGGGACAUGAGAGACUUAAAGAACAUGAGGGACUUAAAGAACAUGAGAGACAUGAGGGACUUGAGGGACAUGAGAGACAUGAGGGACAUGAGAGACAUGAGAGACAUGAGAGACAUGAGAGACAUGAGGGACAUGAGAGACAUGAGGGACUUAAAGAACAUGAGAGACAUGAGAGACAUGAGAGACAUGAGGGACAUGUGAGACAUGAGGGACAUGAGAGACAUGAGGGACUUAAAGAACAUGAGAGACAUGAGGGACAUGAGAGACAUGAGGGACGUGAGGGACAUGAGAGACAUGAGAGACAUGAGAGACAUGAGGGACAUGUGAGACAUGAGAGACAUGAGGGACAUGAGAGACGUGAGGGACAUGAGAGACAUGAGAGACAUGAAAGACAUGAGAGACGUGAGGGACAUGUGAGACAUGACAGACAUGAGGGACAUGUGAGACAUGAGGGACAUGUGAGACCUGAGGGACUUGAGAGACAUGAAAGACAUUAGACAUGAGGGACUUGAGAGACAUGAGAGACAUGAGGGACGUGAGGGACUUGAGGGACAUGAAAGACAUGAGAGACAUGAGGGACUUAAAGAUCAUGAGAGACAUGAGGGACGUGAGGGACUUGAGGGACAUGAAAGACAUGAGAGACAUGAGGGACUUUAGGGACAUGAGAGACAUGAAGGACAUGGGAGACAUGUGAGACAUGAGGGACAUGAGAAAUGUCAACACUGAGCUCAGAGACAGGACAACAAUGUAGGAGCUCAGUAUGGAGCAGCAGGGUUAACAUGGAGCUGUGUAGGACUCUGUAGGACUCUGUUGGACUCUGUAGGACUCUGUUGGACUCUGUUGGACUCUGUAGGACCGGUUUCACCCCUCCAGAGUUCCUCCUCUGGUUAAUGAGUUUCCUGCAGCAGCUCUUCUGUGGAGACGCCGUGAACGUGGAAAUCUGCUCGCCUCUUUUUGAACUUCCUUUCUUCUGUUUUUCGUCUUCAGCUCCUCAGCACAUCUGAACGUUUAGAAAUUAAACCUCUUCUAAUUCUCUUUUCUGAGUCCAAACGUGGUCCCAGAGGACAGAGUCUCUCCUUUGUCCAAAAACCACGUGAACCUGCUGGUCUCAGUCUGAGGAUUUCUGUCUGAUCUGGGACAGGACUGACUGAAUCCUGAACAUGUUGUCUCUUCUUCUUCCUCUCUGUUGACCUCAGAUCGCUCUCCAGACAUGGACAACUACUCUGAGGAGGACGACGACAGCUACUCAUCAGAGCAGGAGGCCAGUGAUGACGCCGUUCACGGACAGGUCAGUGAAGGUCAAAGGUUAGAUCAGAUCAGAGUUCUUCAGAAGGUCCAGACCCGAUAGUCUUCAGUCAUGAGCAGGAAAAACUCCAGCAGAACCAGACUCAGGACAGACAACCAUCAGAGAGUCCUCAGAACCAAUACCACCUGAUCUACGACAACAUCCCCUCAGUCCAAAAAGAAAUCAAGUGAAAUCCUUCUGAGGUUGAAGGUUGAAAAGUUUAUUAGAAGAUUUCAAACCAAGUUACUGAGAAACAGGAAACUAAACAAUCAGAAAAUCAAAAACUCAGUCAUGAUCUUAAAGCUGUCCUCAGAUCCGUCAUCCUCGUCCUCUCCUUAUUUCAGGAUCUGUAUGAUGAAGAUGACGAGGUGAGGAAGCCCAAGAAACCUCGAAGGAAGAUGAUCCGGACCACCUCCAUGACCAGGGUGAGUUUGCUGCUGCUGUCGGAGCUCCUGCAGCUCUCGGCGUCAGUGCGGCGUGGAUGAACACGGUGGGCUCACCGGACCCACUCUGAUGGUCUUUACACGGAGCGGCUCCGGUCAGCUCUCAUGAAUCUUGGUUUCCUGUUUUUGAGAACACACCGUUCUCUUCAUGUGUCUGAAGGUCCUCUUCUCUGUUUCAGCAACCCAACUUUAAGCAGAAGUUUGUGGCGUUACUGAAGAGGUUCAAGGUGACGGACGAGGUGAGUGUCAGCUGAUUGUUCAUGUUCGUGUUGAUUGGUCGAUCUCAACCAUCAGCUGAUAAAUGUGUCCGAUCUUGGAGUGAGGAUCGGUCUGAACAGCUGCUGCUGCUGGGAAACAGGUUCAAGCACCAUCAUCACCAUCAUCAUCAUCUUCAUCAUCAUCAUCACGGUGUGUGACUCACACGUCACCAUCAGCAGGGAUUUGUAUGCAGAGUGCAUUAACCUCCUUUCUCUGCCUCCUAAUUGAAUCAUAAAUGUGCGCUCGUAUGCUCGUCCCAUUAUAGUCUUCAUGUUUCUGUAGAUCCUCGCUAACGGCUCUUGAGCCGGAAGUGGACUAACCCUACAGAGGAUUUCCAUUAGCAGAUAAUCCUUGAGGUCUUUGUGAUGAUAAUGAUCACCACUCCACUCCACCAUGAACAUCAGAAGAUCCUCUCUUCUCCGUGGUCUGACGUCAGACCGCUCUGAGAUCUCAGGAGUUUUGAACGGUUCAGGUUUUGUUCAAGUUUCAGACUCGUGUUUUAAAUCAGACCAAAGAGAGAGAGACGGAGAAGAGUGAAUCGUUCUCUCUGAGGUUUUCUGGAUGUUUCUAGACGUGUCUCAGGUGUCCCGUUGAUCUUUUAUCACGUUCCUGGUCUCUAAUCCGUCCUUCCUGGAGGCGGGGCGGUGUGCAGGGCCACAGCUUUAUAAAUACAGAUCCAGAAGAAGGAGGAGGAGGAGGACAGACUGUGUCGAUCUGCUCCCUGCCAGCUUCUGCACUUAUAGAGUAGCAUUAAUCACCUGAUUAGCCUGCAGGCUGCCUGUGUGCAGCUUCUAUGAUAUAGAUCCCUGCUGUGCAGCAGAUCAGGGCUCAGGACCUGGGCUCUCCUCGGCACUCACUUACCUUCUAAUUGGCGUGUUCAGGACCUGGGCUCAGGCCUGUAUUUAUACGAGUAUUUAUAGCUCAGACCUCCUGCUUUUAUAGCCCUCAGUGUUCAUGGCGGCGGCUCUCUGAGCUCCAUUAGUCCAGCUCUGACACUCAGUAUCUACUGUUCACUAACACCCCCCCCUCGACUAAUCCAUGGACAUGAUCACUAAUCUCUGAUUAUAAACUCCUGAUAACGAUAACCAUCCUGCUCCACAGGUCCUGGACUCUGACCCUGUGGAUCAGACACAAGAGGUGGAGGAGGAUCUGGACUUACUCUAUGACAGUCUGGAGGUCUACAACCAGAGCGACAGCGGGCCAGAAAUGGAGGACAACGAGAGCGUACUGAGCACGCCCAAACCCAAACUCAAGUAGGUCCAAACAAAAGUUCUGUCCUCACUGAUACCUCCACAGCCUUUCCUGUUUACUCCAGGGACCGAGGAGGUCCUCACCCUGUCGCCGUCAACAUCAUUGUCAUCUUUAUCAUCACUGUCAACAUCAGUGUCACUGUCAUCAUCAUCGUCAUUAUCUUCAUCAUCUUUAUCAUCACUGUCAACAUCAGUGUCACUGUCAUCAUCAUCGUCAUUAUCUUCAUCAUCUUCAUCAUCAUCAUCACCAUCAUCAUCAUCAUCCUCAUCUUUAUCAUCACUGUCAACAUCACUGUCACUGUCAUCAUCAUCAUCAUCGUCAUUAUCUUCAUCAUCUUUAUCAUCACUGUCAACAUCAGUGUCACUGUCAUCAUCGUCAUCGUCAUUAUCUUCAUCAUCAUUAUUAUCAUCAUUAUCAUCAUUAUCAUCACUGUCAACAUCAGUGUCACUGUCAUCAUCAUCGUCAUCGUCAUUAUCUUCAUCAUCAUCAUCAUCGUCAUCAUCAUCACCAUCAUCAUCGUCAUCUUUAUCAUCACUGUCAUUAUCAAUGUCACUGUCAUCAUCAUCAUCAUCAUCAUCGUCAUUAUCUUCAUCAUCACCAUCGUCAUCGUCAUCGUCAAUAUCAUCAUCGUCAUUAUCUUCAUCAUCAUCAUCUUUAUCAUCACCAUCAUCAUCACCAUCGUCAUCGUCAAUUUCAUCAUCAUCAUCAUCAUUAUCAUUAUCAUCACUGUCAACAUUAACAUAACUGUCAUUGUCAUCAUCAUCAUCAUCGUCAUUAUCUUCAUCAUCACCAUCAUCAUCAUCAUCAUCAUCAUCAUCAUCACUGUCAACAUCAAUGUCACUGUCAUCAUCGUCAUUAUCUUCAUCAUCACCAUCAUCAUCAUCAUCUUUAUCAUCACCAUAAUCAUUAUUAUCAAUAUCAUCACCGUCAACAUCAUCUUUAACAUCUUCAUCAACAUUACCAUCAUCAUCAUCAUCUUUAUUAUCAUUAGUGUCUUCUUCACUGUCAUCAUCAUCAUUAUCGUCAUUAUCAUCAUCAUCAUCACCAUCAUUAUCAUUAUCAUCACUGUCAUUAUCGUCAUCGUCAUUGUCAUUAUCGUCAUUAUCACCAUCACUAUUGUCGUCGUCAUCAUUGUCAACAUCAUCAUUGUCAUCAUCAUCUUUAACAUCUUCACCAGCAUUACCACCAUCAUCAUCUUUAUUUUCAUUACUGUCAUCAUCAUUAUAAUCAUAAUCACUGUCAUUAUACUCAACGUUAUUAUCACCGUCAUCAUCAUCAUCAUCUGAACUAAACUGAUCGUAACAUUUAAAAAAUCAAACCUGUUUUUUUCUGAGCUGUGAUUUUUCUCUCACUCCUGUUUUUUUUUGUUAUUCCGUUUUUUUUUCUGAUAUUUCUGUCACUCCUGAUUUUUCCUGAUUUUUCUCUCACUCCUGAUUUUUCCUGAUUUUUCUCUCACUCCUGUUUUUUUUCCUGAUUUUUCUCUCACUCCUGUUUUUUUCCUGAUUUUUCUCUCACUCCUGUUUUUUUUCUGAUUUUUCUCUCACUCCUGAUUUUUUCUGAUUUUUCUCUCACUCCUGAUUUUUCCUGAUUUUUCUCUCAUUCCUGUUUUUUUUCCUGAUUUUUCUCUCACUCCUGUUUCCUGAUUUUUCUCUCACUCCUGUUUCCUGUUGUGUUUUUUUUGUCUUCAGGCCGUUUUUCGAGGGGAUGUCUCACUCCAGCUCGCAGACUGAGAUUGGAAGUAUCCACA